UUUAUCGUGUGCGGACGUGUCUGCGGCUGACUUGCAAACUUAAAUGCAAAUCCAAAUACCGAAUUCCAAAAGCAAAACCGCUCGUUACUCACCACGCGACUUUAGAUGCAGUUUUACAACGUUUGGCGCCACAACGAAAAGACUUUAAGACUCUGAUUCGAUUGCAUUUAAUUCAAAUCACAUACAAAAAGUGCCAACGAACAAAAAAAAAAAAAACAAGUUUAUUAAUAUGAGUUCAACCUGGAUGCGAACGGCGGCCCUUGUGCUGGGGUUCUACUGCCUCCUGUGCCUCGCCACGAUGGCCCAUGGUGCCAGCAAUUCGGGAGCGGGAACAGCGCCACUUUUGGCCAAGGAUGUGGUCCACAUGCACCACAAGACCAAGAGGCUGGACAGACGAUCGGGAUCGGGAACGGGAACGGGAACGGAUCCUCUGACGGCCAUCAAACAGCCAAAACAACUGGCCAGAAGUGCCCAUGGCCUCAACAAGAAGCUGCUCAGCCAGAUGGGCUUCAUGAAGGUGAAGGCGCCCAACAGCCACAACCGGAAGCGACUGGCGGUUGAGUCACGACGCCAUUCCUCGCGCGAUGAUUCACACAUGUUCAUCAUCAAAUUGCCGCCAAAUAUGCACUACUAUGCAGGACCCGGUGCGAAGAAUGCCUUGGUGGAUCAGCAGGAGAAGUCGACUGGUGGUGGCAAGCAACAUGGUAACGCACCCAACAAGAUGACAGUGGCAGCAACAUCGACGGACACACGAGCAACAUCAAGCACGCCAGCAGCAGCAGCAGCAGCAGCAACAUCACAAGUUGCUGAGGCGUCGGCGUUGAAAGCUAACGGGAAAAAGGUCUCGUUUCCCUUCAGCUCGAAUGGCCGGCCCGGUCGCAUCUACCACUGGAACCUGCCCGUCCUGAAGGAGGCCCUCUCCAAGAAGCCCCACUUUGCCCACGUCUCGGCGGCGGAUCGCAAUAGACUGCUGGACAUCCAGAGUGUGCCCACAUGGCGCCAGCCCUGGGAGAACGAGACCGUCGAGAAGGGUUUCAGUGCGGGCGGCGGAAAGGCCAAGUACCGCAAGUCCCUCAAGCCCAAGUCGCCCACGUAUUACGCACCCUCGCAGGCGGUCAGUAAGCAGAGCUUCCACAAGUACUUUGCCGGCAAUGGGAAACCCAAGGGCUUCUACGUCAUCAAGGAGCACCAGAACAAGCCGCAAUUCUACCAGAACAUCAUCUCGUAAUGGGACAAAUUUGGAUCCUCUAAAUACCUUCGAAAGACUGCGGUGCCGGGCGUUCUAUUUUCCAUCUUUUCGGGGCUUUUCCCCUUCCGUCCAGUUUCCACUUGGAAUCUCCUUUCCGAUCAUCAUCCGACUAUAUCUGAUCUCUCCAGCAACUGUUCAACAAUUGCGGAGGGUAAAGUCUAUUUUUAUAAAACGGCAAUAAAUACAAUAACAGAUUUGGGCUGGUCCAAGCAGGAAGUGGAAUAACCAUAUCAACACUUAAAAGUUCCAUUAAAUCUUAUUUCGUAUUAAAUUGUUCUUAAUUAUUUGAGAUUUUAUGUCAUCAAAAUUAUACCUUUUAAGAUAAGAAAAAAACUCAAACUUAAUGAUCAAAGUGAUGUUGAUAUUACAAAACGGCCACGAACAAAAUUAAGAAGAUAUUUUGAUUAAACCAAAAUUGCAAAAUUAUGAGGUCCCCAAACAUGAAAACUAUGGGCUUUAAGUCCAAACAUAGAAGGUAUUCUACGUCGUCAGACUUUGGAUUAUAUCAAAAUGACCGGAAGGCAUUUUAGUUUGAUCUGUGAACCCCAAAAACCCUUUGUAAGACCAGCCCAAAGCUGCAUUUAGCUAAGCAUCUACGGCAAGCAAUAAAUUAUGGCAUAUAUCAAGCUAGGUUUAAGUGCAUGAACGAUUUUGUUUUGAUAAAUAAAUAUUGACUGAUUUUUAA